AUGCAUGAACAAGAUAUGCAAGUUCAGCCGCUAGGGUAUCUCGGCAAGACAAAGACGGGAAGGAAAACGCCUUCCCACGCGAUGCGCCAAGUCGACUUCGAUGGAUCGAUCUGCCUUGUCAUUGUCACUCAACCAAUGGCCAUCAAACCGGGUAGUCCCGUUGGAACGCUUCCAUGGCCCGUGGGAGAUGCGGCACCGUCCCGAGGUCCCUACGUGCAUAUACGCCAGGUUUGA